CUUCAAGCACCCGAAGCUUGGACCAUUCAGAAUCUGCAAGAAACUCACUCAAGAACCAUCGACAGUGCAAACAAGUGUAGUGCAGCAAACAAGUUCCAAACAGUGAAAACUUUGGUAUACAACAACAUGAAGACUGAAUGUAAAACCCCCAUGUCCGAAACACGUAAAAUUCGCAAACCGUUGAUGGAGAAGAAACGCCGUGCCAGGAUUAACGACAGUCUCGAAAUGCUCAAACAAAUUCUGCUUGAUUCAAAAGCGAAUGUUGGAGAAUCUGCCGCAAGUCGAAAACGUAGAAAUCAACGCACUGCUAAGUUAGAAAAAGCGGAUAUUCUCGAAAUGACCGUGAAUUACAUCCAGAAUCUAAAGACGCGUAUUGAUGGAGGUCGGGAAAAGAUGCUGGGCGAGCACGAGACCAAGUCGGCAGGGAGGCGGCACGCCGCUGACGCUACUUAUGAUGGUCUACAAGUUGGUGUUACACUCGUGCCAACACGCUUGGGCAACGGGGAAUUGGCGUUCGUCCUGCCCGGCAAUCAUGCAUCGCCUGUCACCCAGCAGGACGAUAACAUGUGGAGGCCUUGGUGA